UGCAGGAGGCAAAAGGAUUCUUUGGACCGGUAGAGUUUGAUCACGGAGCUUGCUUUGCGGCCGUGGGUCAGCGCCCCGCUCCUCAGCCAUCGCCACGAUGCCUUUGCAGUUUGAGCUGUGCCCGGGCCGGCUUGUCGGCGGAGAUCAUCCGUGCUUUAUUAUCGCCGAGAUUGGCCAAAAUCACCAGGGGGAUCUCGAGAUUGCCAAGCAGAUGAUUCGGGUGGCCAAGGAAUGCGGAGCAGACUGUGCCAAGUUCCAGAAAAGCGAAUUGGAGCACAAAUUCAACCGGAGAGCUUUGGAGAGGCCAUACACGUCCAAACACUCUUGGGGGAGAACCUAUGGGGAACACAAGCGCCACCUGGAGUUCAGCCACGAUCAAUACCGAGAGCUGCAACGCUACGCCAAGGAGAUUGACAUUUUCUUCACAGCAUCUGGCAUGGAUGAAAUGGCUGUAGAAUUUCUGCACGAACUGGAUGUUCCAUUUUUUAAAGUCGGGUCGGGGGAUACAAAUAAUUUCCCAUACUUGGAGAAGACAGCCCAAAAAGGUCGCCCAAUGGUAAUCUCCAGUGGGAUGCAGUCAAUGAGCAUAAUGCAGCAGGUUUACAAACUGGUGAAGCCCAUCAACCCAAAUUUCUGUUUUCUCCAGUGCACCAGUGCCUACCCCCUUCAUCCUAAAGAUGUCAAUCUUCGUGUCAUAACGGAAUACCGCUCAGCCUUCCCAGAUAUUCCUAUUGGUUAUUCAGGUCAUGAGACUGGGAUAGCCAUUUCUGUUGCUGCAGUGGCGAUGGGGGCCAAGAUAUUGGAGCGCCACAUCACUUUAGACAAGACAUGGAAAGGCAAUGACCAUGAAGCAUCUCUGGAGCCCAAAGAGUUAGCAGAAUUGGUGAGAAGCAUCCGGAUGGUAGAGAAAGCCAUGGGAUCACCGAUCAAACAGCUCUUGCCUUGUGAAGAAGCUUGCAAUGAAAAGUUGGGAAAAUCCGUAAUUGCCAAAGUCAGGAUCCCAGAAGGCACCAUGCUCACGUUGGACAUGCUCACAAUAAAGGUGGGGGAACCCAAAGGAUAUCCACCAGAAGAUAUUUUUGAGUUGGUUGGCAAGAAGGUCAAGGUCAAUAUUGACGAAGAUGAGACCAUUGUUGAAGAUGCAAUUGAAAACCAUGUGAAAAAAAUGAAAUGCUGAGUGGCAUUAUAUAUUUAUCAAGGAUUGUCUUGGGAAGUGUGAUUGGCCAAAAUAUUAAAAUCCUAAUAUUUAAAAUUGCAUUGAAGAUAUGUGGGAAAGUGAACCUUGAUGAGAUUUUUCUUUCAUAUAGAAUUUCAUUUCUCUACCAUUCUGAAGAACAGAAAUAGGGCAAUAUACAUUUUUCUUCAGAAUGUGUGGCUAGGAACCUUGUGCUCAGAAAUGUCACAGUGUCCUACCAGUUAGGAUAUUGCCCCAAAAGUACUGCAGAGCUAUGGAAAUGAUACUUUUCUAGGAUUAAAUAGUUCUAGUUCUCAUGUUAAGAUUACGGUAGACUCUUCUAAUGUGGAGAAUUCAGGACAAGAACUGCAGUGCUAGUUGGGAAUACCACAGAGAAUAGUAAAUUCUAUGCUCUUACAAUUUGAUUUGUCAGUCUUCCUUCCCUGUCUUUAUCAUUAAGGUUUGUCUAUAGAGAAAAUAUAAAAUGUAUACAAACCACACUUAUUUUUAAACCUCCCUUAUAUGCUUCUAGGCUAUCAAGUACCGGCAUCUAAUCAGCUUGUACAGACAAACCUGAUUAUUAGACAUUUAAGGAAAACUUUGUCCUAAAACUGAGCUUAUGAUCAAUGAUUGCUUUUUUGAAAUAAAAAAUUAAGUUGGCUAUCAUAAGCAAUUCCUACCGAGAAACAAUUCAGUCAACAUGUUUAACGUAACCCUGUUUUUAUGAUGCUAUUGUUUUUGGUUGUAUCAUGUGCCUUGUAAUGAAUCAGAAUCACUCAAGAUGUUUUAAUGAAUGUAGCAUUAUUUAUUCUAUUAUGGUAUACUGAUAAUUCACAUUUCAAUCUUGAAAACUUUGAAUGAAGAAUGCUGGCUUAUGCUUGAAAAGUGUCCAAGAGAGUUCAUCCUUGUGAGAUUGAUUUACUUAAAAACUCAAACGUAAAUUUCAGGCUUCUGUUAGUCCACCUACCCUGUUUCAGGACCAUUCUGGUACAUGUUAAUGAGUGUUACAUUUAUAUAAAUUCAUAUAGUCUAAUAUAGGCUGCAGCUUGUGAAAGUGGAGAUGCAGUCUAUGUGCUAUGGAGUGCUCACAGGUGCAUGCGUCUUCUAAAAAGUAUUCCACUAUGCGGGUGUCACGGAAGCCCAGAAACGAGAGGAAGUGGGUGCAGGCUUGUUUGCUCAACCAUUUGAUGCAAUAUCAGCAUAGAUUUUUUUGUGAUUCAUGAUGGUGUCAUUCUAUUAAUCUUGCUUUAAGGAAAUGAUUAAACAAUAAUGGACAUUUUUUUUAAGAUUUGAAAAAGUUAAUAAAAUUUGUUGAAUAAAC